AUGCCAGGCUUUGCCUCCAUCCUCAAUACAGGACCAAAUGUCCCCAAUGAAGUGGCCAUCCAGGUCUACUUCACGACCGGUUUUGACACCGUUGGUAUGGCGUUAUAUGACAAGACGACUGAUAGUAACAACUCAGAAAUCGUCCAAUCGAGCGAGGCCGAUCCAACGGGUAAUCUCAUCUUUAGCUCUCAACUUGCCAGCACCAUGUUGAUGUCUUUCAACGCCGUGUUUGGCUUUACGAAGCAGCUGGACCCCAAGUCUCCCAAAAUUGAUGUGUCCAUCGUCUGCCCCGUCUACCAGACCGUGGCAGCCACCGAAGGCACCAACACGACCAUUGCGAGCUGUUCUUCCCCAGAAAACACCUGGGUCUACUAUUUGAGAUUGUUUCUUCUUAGUGGAGCGGACCAAGACUCCCUCAGAAUUAUUCAAUCACAAGUCGGAAAGGAAAUCACAAGUAUCACAUUGGAAGCGAAUGAUGUGCGAGUGGGAAGCUCUCUGGCCGCCUACUUCGAUGUCGAGGAGCAUGUCCCAUUCGUCAUCUACCAGCACGAGGUUGACGGAAACGACGACGUCAGGCAGUUGUACGAGUACAGCAUGGGCAGCCAAUCUUGUAAGGAACCAAAGCCUCGCCCUCGCGUCAAAAACUUCUGCUUGCGGCUAACACACUCGCUAGCUAUCAGGAUCCAAAACACGGACGACGCUGCGAAACUGACGAGCGUUGCGGCGGUCCAUUUCCAUCGGAUGACAUAUCUGUACUACAUGGCCAACGACAACGAACUCAGAGUCAUCACCAAGGUAAAGGGCAAAUGGGGCACUUCUUCCGCUGUGAGUGGCGCCAACAUGGUCAACGACUCGAGCCAGAUCACUGCCGUCUCUUCUGGUGAGGCCAACCAUGUAUUUUACACAGAUAAAAGUGGUUCACCCGUCCACCUCAUGUUGCCUUAUUAG